AUGCGCUCUUGUUCGAUCCUGAAACCUGAAUUUCGUGCGGUAGGCCAGUUUCCAGAGCACCGGUAGUGGAUCCCCGGGAGUGGUUUCUAGAGAAGAUUCCAUAACUGUCUAUUUAUUUAGAUUCAUGUUUGUAUUUACAGUUGCUAUUGGAGUCAACUGAUUGGGCAAUCAGAGUUAAUUUUAGUCGCGGUCGAUUGCUAGUGUGCCUAGAUGAGUUCAACAUCAGGACCGUACCGAUUAUGCUUGCUCCCUUGCGGUGGAGACUAGUAUGCUAGUGCGAUCCGUAUACCGAACAGUGUCGCUGAAGCAUUGGCUGACAUGGAGGAAUAACUAUGGAGGGAACGUGCUCCACAAACGUGGCUAAAAACAGGCUGGAAUUGCUCACAGCGAGGGAGAUGUGAUCGAAGCGAAGUACGGUUUGAAUGAUGGAGAUAUUGCAAAUCUGGAAAGUCGUUCAAAAGGAAAAACAGGGAAGGGAUAUUCGCGUGUCGGCCGCUGAGCAAUACGGUCCUUAAAGCGCUCCCAGUUUCUUCUUCACCAACUCCUUGGGGAGUUUCCGUGAGAUUUUCCUUGCUGUUGCUGUGGUGAUCAUAUAUGUGGCGCUGAUCACCACAGCAUUCGUGGGCAUUUGCGACUUUCCGGUUUGUUAUGGUACUAGAGAUCCUCAGCAGCUUUUUCUCCUGCGUGGCCUUGGCGGGUUCUGGUAGAUGGUAGCAUCGUUGGGUUUCUCGUGCGGAAUCCAAUACAAAGCGUGUCAUGUGGGACUGUUCCUCAAGGCUAGGACGCUCCUAAAUCCGUGCUCCGGAAUGACAGUUAUAGUAUUCCAUGUUAUUUUAUGCGAACUUUCGCAUUAACGAGUAAAACUUUCAUGUUGCUCUUGGAGGUAGAGAAGGGGUUGCUUGGUGGGAAAAGGACUGUUUGUCUGCCACCCUGCUACACCACGUGUAUGUGGUCAGUAUGCUAGAGAAGGGUUUACGGUCAUUUCAAGAGUAUCGUUCCUUGCCUGCACAUUAUCUUAGGACUACCAGCGGCGGGCUCUGAAUACCAAGCUCCUUCAAACAGAGACUGAACUUUAAAGUAGGAAACUGCAAAUCGCUCGGUGCUCCAGUUCAUUGACGAAUAUAACCCACAUCCACCUCUUCAUCCGCACAGUACCUGAGCCGCCUACCUCUCAGGCCAAGCUCCAGCUGGUUGUAUCAAGAUCUUCGAACGUCUUUGUAGGGGACAUUUUGGACCCUCGGUACUUGCAUGACCGCCUUGGGAUAGAAUUGCCUGGGCAUUUUAGCACCCAAGUUCUUAUCAAAUGACCGCAUAUUGUUGAGAUCUUGAAUGAGUGCAGUGUUAAAAUUCAUGAUAUAUCCCUGGGAGUCAUUUUUCACGAGAAAGAGGGGCAGGUUAUGUAAGUAUACCAUAUUUGUUUUUUUGACAGAGGACGCUUUUUUCUAUCACAGUAUGUCAUGAGCAUGGUUCCCGUUGCUCUGCAAACUCGAUGCUGCACGGGCUUCCUAGAUUGAGGUGUGCAAACAGUUUACCUGGGGAAGCUUGCGAUUGAUUGGAACGGAUCAGCUUCUCUAAUCCGUUCGAGAUGGCUGCAAGGCCUCAAACGCGCAGACUCAGCGAAGCAGGGGUCUCUCGAGGACGGAAGGCAUGCUGUUUCUCAAUUGGAGCCUCGACAGUCUUCAUGGUCACCUUCGCGUUCAUGUUCGUUGUUUGUUUCUUCUUCUUAGACAUGGAGUUAGUGUACCGUAAAGCUGGCAUGACAUCAGCCGCGAAACCUGUCCUCCUUCAACAGGACUUUAAUAUGGCCUCAUCCGCGACUCAAGAAUCUUCAGACGACUCUGCUGCUCAGGUAUCAACGCCGUUUGUCCAUGUCACGGCCUUCAAGCAGCCAAUCGCGCACAACGAUAUGUCCUCUAUCAAAACAGAAGCGUCUGGAAUAACAAUUGAACCAUCCUCAGACUCAGAAGACGGUGGACCCAACCAUGUGGAGGUAGAAGCUACAGAACAAGCGUUUAUUGCCGUUCCGGAGGUCGAUGGAGAUGAGAUCGGAGGGGACAAUUUCACUAUCUCCACCACCCAGGACACCUCCACGUCUAAAGAUGAUGAGGACCCAAUCAUAAAGUCCAAGCUCAAUGUGAGGGAAAGACCGCAAGAAGCACGGUCGUUGGCAGGAUGCGAUAUCACACAAGGUCGCUGGGUUUUCGACAACGUCACGCACCCCUUGUACCGCACUAAAAAUUGCCCUUUCGCGGAUCCGGGUUUUCGAUGCGAGGAGAAUGGGAGACCUGACAAGGAGUUCAUGUCUUACCGCUGGCACCCGAAUGACUGUGAUCUUCCCAGGUUCUGCGCGACGGAUAUCUUAGAGCGGCUUCGAGGCCAACGGAUGGUCUUCGUUGGAGAUUCCUUGGGACGAAAUAACUGGGAAUCGAUGUUGUGCAUGCUCGCAGAGGGGGUAACCAACAAGAGCCGUAUUUAUGAAGUGAACGGGGAGCCGAUCACGAAGCAUUCCGGUAAGUUGGUGUACAAGUUCGAGGAUUACAACUGUACCGUUGAAUACUACCGGGAUCCGUUCCUAGUCCCCCAAGGUCGUCCCCCGCGUAACUCACCAGCAAACGUGUCGUGCUCACUGAAAGUGGACCGCGUGAGUUACAGCACGGAGCAGUGGAGACAUGCAGAGAUCAUUAUCUUUAACGCGGGCCAUUGGUGGAGCGAACACAAAAUAUUUCACCAAGGUUGUAAAUUUCAGGUAGGCGACAAGCUGAUGGAUUACGACUUGAGAACCGGAUUGAAGAAAGCAUUGCACACAUGGGCGGCUUGGCUGGAGGAGAACCUGGACACCAAGAAGAGCCAAGUCUUUUGGCUGAGCUACCCGACCGUCCAUUUCAGGGGUGGAACAUGGAACCGAGGAGGGCAUUGUCACCAGGAGAAGCGCCCUCUCACUGAGGAGGAAGCUCGCAACGAGUGGCAAACCCCGUGGAUGAACGAGAUUGUGAAGGAAUCCUUCAUGGCCAACAUAAAGAAGAAGCUGGAUGCGGUCACUUAUUUGGACAUUACGACUGCGACGAACUACAGGCCCGAUGGGCACGGUGCAUUGUACACAUGGGACACGAAAAAAUUCGGGCUAAAGCCCAGAAACCGGCAGGAUUGCAGCCACUUCUGCCUACCGGGAGUUCCAGACACGUGGAGCCAGUUCGUUCUAGCUAGUUUAUUGGCCAGAGGGAGGAACACUUGGGCGCAACCUGUCCGAUUAUGCGACAGAGCCAAAUAUUAGAUUUUCAGAGCAAAUACCUUCUUCGAAAUCAACUAUGAGCUUUUACGAAUCUCUUCGAGCUCAUCCAAUCUACUGGGAUCACGAGGGCCGGGAGAUGCUGCAGCAGCGGAGGGAGAAAAGUGCAAGAUUACAGCUCGCAAUCUAGAUGCGGUUUGUAAACUAACCUCAACUUUGUGAAAUAAUCUGUUAAAGAACUAGUAGAGGUCUUGUGCAUGGAAGAUCAGUGGGGAAGAUUUUAGGCUGGUCAAUGUUGACUGUAUCACCAUUCCAAAGUUCAUUUUCUCGGAGCUCAAGUUUUCAUUUGUGAAAUCUAGGUCUGAGCCUAGGAAGAUCCGUUGUUAACUUUACGCAUGAACUCGUGGUUCAUCAACCAGAACUUCCUAGAUGUUUAGAUGUUAUAUAUUUUCUUCCAUCAAUUAUCGAAGUGAUGAACAUCGGAAUCUGUUCUUUUCUCACCAAA